GGCAAAAGAAAGAAAGAAAUUAGAAGUUCGCUCCAAAGCAUCAGUCUCCAACAUUUUCUCGGAAAAUUCUACAGUUUGUUAGGAAUUGCUAAAUUUGGGGGAAGAGAAGAGAACGAAGAAGAUACUAUGGAAACAUCGAAGGUGGUACUUACGCGUGAAGUUUGGGAAUCGAAUCUGGAGGAGAUACAACUCUCGGUAGAAGACGUUAGCAUGCUCGUGAUGGAUCUUCUUGUUGCUGAAGGAUUUGGAGAAGCAGCUGAGAUAUUUCAAGAGGAAUCUAGAACUCAAGCAGUAGUAGAUCUUGCGAGUAUGAAUGAACGACGGUUUGUCAGGGCUAUUGAAUCCAGAGAUCUCGAGGAUGCUGUUGAGAAAUUGAAUGCUUUAAACCCUGAGAUACUGAAGGCGAGUUUUCAUCUCCACCAGCAAAUGUUGAUAGAACUAAUCCGCCAAGACAAGACCGAGGAGGCCAUUACGUUUGCUGAGGAUAAGCUUGCACCACUUGCUGAACAGAACGAGAUGUUUCUAAGAGAAUUGGAGCAAAGUUUCGGUACUCUCGCCGCUACCCAGAGACAUCCAAACUGUCCGUGUAAUGAGUUGUUUAGCGACUCACACUGGUUCAAGGUAGCCAGCCAAGUAAAUGCAGCCAUUUAUACAAGCCAAACUUCAGUAAAAGGGCCCAAACUUGAUCGCUUACUGAAGAAACUGAUGUGGAUUCAGAAACAACUGGAUGAAAAGACUGUUUAUGUGUAUCCACACAUGGAUUUGUCCACUGCCCAGUUCACAGAAUGAAUGAUCCUUCUCCUCUACCAGAGAGUGAGAAUGAGAGUAAAGGCUGGCUGGCUCUACAAAAGGGAAGGGAACAUAUAUAGUAUAAUUGAUCUGCGUCUGUUGACAAA